AUGACAGUAGCAGGGAUUUGCAUAGUUGGACUUUCUUUUAUUAACACAAAAGAAAACAAUGCCGAACAUUAUCACUUGACUCUAGUGAAUUUUACUUGUCAUGUUAUUGCAGUUCCUCUUGGUGCAGUUGUGAUUGCUUGUAUUUCAAACAAGUGGAUGUUUUAUUGUUUCGGAAGACUAUUUGUCAUUAUUCAAAUGGUACUGGCAUCUGCUUCAUUUGUGCAUUUCAAUAUGGCUGGACUUAAAGUUUUAAGAGCGAAAGAUUUCUUCUACAUCAAACCUUAUGAACCAGGUUACAUUGAAUUCUUAUGGAGUGCAGUGAGCGAGUGGUGUGUUGUGCUGAGUUGUGCAGAAGUAACAUUUAUCACAGCGUUGGAACUCCGUGAUUUUGAAAAGUCAGUUUCAAUUUAG